CACGCUCACCCAGUAUUAUAGGAACCGUGGCAAAAACUGAGCAGCGCAGUGUGUAGAUCAGCCGUAGGGGGGCGCUGCUGAGCAGUGGGGCAUCGAAGGGCAAAAAGACGUAACCACCCCACACGAGGAGAGGGAAGAUGAGGGCUCCUAUGAAGACCGACACGCCAACUUUCAGAGCAUCGCGGUCAGUACCGCAACAUCCACCUAAGAGAGGGACCCAAGAUCAAGCAAUGGGAGCGUUGUAUGUAUUUGCUUUGCUGGCGGUGUUUGGCUAUGUGACCGGCGAAGAGGGCGCUCGGCUCCUGGCCUCCAAGUCGUUGUUGAACCGCUAUGCUGUGGAAGGAAGGGAUCUGACUUUACAGUACAACAUCUACAAUGUUGGGACCAGCGCUGCCCUGGAGGUGGAGCUGUCCGAUGACUCCUUCCCACCAGAGGACUUUGGCAUAGUGUCUGGGAUGCUUAAUGUCAAGUGGGACAGGAUUGCCCCUGCCAGCAAUGUCUCUCAUACUGUAGUACUGCGCCCCCUAAAGGCAGGAUACUUCAACUUCACCUCUGCCUCAGUCAGCUACCUUGCCCAGGAGGGAGGACAGGUUGUGGUGGGUUACACCAGCGCUCCAGGUCAGGGUGGGAUCUUGGCUCAAAGGGAGUUUGACAGGCGUUUCUCUCCUCACUAUCUGGAUUGGGCAGCAUUUGGAGUGAUGACCUUGCCUUCCAUUGGCAUCCCUCUGCUGCUUUGGUACUCCAGCAAGAGGAAGUACGACACACCCAAGACCAAGAAGAACUGAGCUCUCUCUCUCUCCCGAGCGAUGGGUUAUGGGGAUGGUGGGGGAUGGGCUAAUGAAUAAUUUAAAUAGUGCAAGGCAAUGGCAUUUUGACAUAGGCCCAAGUACCCUCAAGGUAUGUCUUAAAGGUCAAAUGUGACCAGUACAGAAUAAUUAAUAAUUUAUUAUAAUUUGGUCAGCAUUGUCGUCCUGACAAUGGUGCAUUGGAUGUGAACAUAAUAAUGCUAAAUUCGAUCUUGCCUCGUUGUAGGUAUUUUACUCAAGGAAUAUUGGAUAACUCAAAUAUCAGCAUAGGAAGAGUAUGCGGCGCUGUUGUUCAUUUGAAUUUAUUGCCCUAUUGCAGGUGUGAUGAUAUAGUGUGUUUUACAGAACUGCAAAGCCUGUUGGGUUUGAUGUGGUUGAAUAAUAAUUUGACAUCCAGAAUUAUAAAAUUGCAGCUGUUGAUCCAUAUUUUUCUGUUUUAUAAAUACAUUUGCAUCCUUCUGGUGAGGAAUUUUACCAGAGUAAUUGUAUACACCUGUAAAGUUUCAUGUGAGUUGUACUUGUGUUUGGAAAAUAAAGGUGCCAAGUUUUGUAA